AGCCUAAUCGCACGAUUAAUCGCACCACUACCGAAGAACAUUAAAAAAUGCCAGAUGAGAGGAAGCUACUCAUUCUGUGUCGACGAUAUCGCCAAUGCAAACACCCCAGGAGCGAGUGCGAACAUCCCCAUACCCAGAACGGCGCCGUAGUCCAGCGUCAAGUGAUGUGUAUCAACCAGCAACCUCUCACAUUUACCGCUUGGUCAUGCAGCCCAUCGUGAAGGCGACGGUAGGAGAGCGAGACAGCUCUGGUGACUCCCUUGACCCCUUCGUGGCUGGCGGAACUUCGUUUCAGGAUAUUCUGGAGAAGAUUUGGGAUCAAUUCAGCUUCCAUGUUAAAGGGAGAGCAGUGACGUCCGACGGAGCUUGGGCUGUCGAGCCAGCUGCUAUCGAUUCUUGGUCCAAGUUCAUGGUGUUCAAAGUGAAGAAACACAUCAUCGACAGCUCAAAAUCCGACGAAGACUGGAACGCUUGGCUUCAAUCAAUGCAUGACAAGACCGUCACGCUUCUAAUCUACGAUUAUGGUGUCGGUCUUGGGAGAAAACAAGAUCGCCAAGCUUUUCAGAAGGACUGUAUUCUCCCAGCAGAGACUGACAGGGCCGGCGCGGCUGCUGAAGUCACGCUUCGUGAGGUUGUGGGCCGCCUACAGGACCUUUGGGGGGCCACAUACACUGGCGAAGCUGUGGUGUGGCGUAUGUGGGCGACUGAGGUGGUUCGCAGUCAGGAUCGCACCGCAUGGGAGGAUAAGAAACGUGCACCACCACCUUUACGUGUUUUGCGACUCUUAUCGGCUGCUCAUUCUCGCAUCCAAGAACAUCUCGAUGAUCUUAACCACUCGACUCAAAUCGCUCUCGAUUGUGUGAACGCAUCUAUCGCUGGAUCAAUGGAGCUACGUCGCGACUGGGAGGCAUAUGGUCACCGACUCGAGAGUUUUGAGACGAUGUUGCAGUCUCGCAAGGCCCAAAUUGAGUCGCUCCUCCACUAUAUGCCUCUACCAGCCAUUGAAGAGUUGGUUGAUCCGCUGCAGAACAUGGAAAACCUUGAAGAUUUCGAACAUCAAUAAUACAGCAGCAGGAAGAAGACCAGAAAGAAUUAGCGAGCUUGCUAAUCAUUCAUUUGUUUUACUAUCUUAACUAAGCGUACGAAAGCCUAAAGUAUCCUCGUCCAAUUCCUGUUCCUC